AUCGGAUUGCGCGAUUCAGUUGUUCCUCGUCGAUCGCGGCCUGCGGAAGUGUUCACUUCACUAUCGUGCCCAACAGGCUUCUACCGCUGAUUCUGACCCUUGAGUCUUCUAUUCACAUAGUAGUAGUGACUAUAAUUGGAGUCGCGAGCGGAUAAAUGGAGAUCCGAGUGGGUGUGGGCGAUCUGCUGAAAAUGGGCACCAAGCUCAUUGGCCACAAGAUCGUCCAGUAUCGCCUAGGCACAAAGCAGACGAAGGUGGUCUGCACCAGGGAUGGACAGGUGCGCGGACAUCGCCGAAGGACACUCUACGACGAGGAGUUGUACUUCGCCUUCGAAGGAAUCCCCUUCGCACAGCCGCCGGUGGGGGAGCUGCGCUUCCGAGCCCCCCAGCCAGCACGCCCCUGGUUGGGAAUACGGGACUGCACCUACCCGAGGGCCAAGCCGAUGCAAAAACACUUCGUGCUCAGCAUCGUCGAAGGCAGCGAGGAUUGCCUGUACCUAAACGUAUACACCAAGCGUCUGAAGUCGGACAAACCGCUGCCAGUGAUCGUGUGGAUCUAUGGCGGUGGAUUCCAGAUCGGCGAGGCUGGUCGCGAUUUCUAUAGUCCAGACUACUUCAUGCAGCACGACGUCGUGGUUGUCACAUUUAAUUACAGGGUGGGCGCAUUAGGCUUCCUCAGCCUCCAAGAUCGUGACUUGGAUGUGCCCGGAAAUGCUGGUCUUAAGGACCAAGUGAUGGCCCUUCGCUGGAUCAGUCAGAACAUAGCCCAAUUCAAUGGAGACCCCCAAAAUAUAACGCUGAUGGGCGAGAGUGCGGGAGCAGCCUCCGUUCACGCGAUGAUGACCACUGAGCAAACAAGAGGGCUCUUCCACAAGGCCAUCAUGCAAUCGGGAUCCAUGUUCUGCGAGUGGGCCAGUGAGCCAAGUGGCAGGUGGGCACACCGCCUGGCCUGCCAACUAGGAUACUCGGGCAGUGAGAACGAGAAGGAAGUGUUUCGCUUCCUUCAAAAAGCCCCCGCCUCCGAAAUGGCCGCACAGGGGAUUACUCUCGUCUCGCAAGAGGAACGACGGGAGUACGUCCUGUUUCCGUUUACUCCCGUUGUGGAACCAUAUAUCACCAGGGAUUGCGUAUUGCCCCGUUGCCAUAGGGAUAUGCUGCCGGGGGCUUGGGGAAAUGACCUGCCGCUGAUCCUGGGGGGCAACUCCUUCGAAGGCCUCUUCGCCUACCAGAGUACCCUGCACGACGAGGAACACAUGCUAAGUGCCUUUGAGGUGCUAAUUCCUCGGGAGAUCAGGGAAAAGAGUAGCCAGUCUCAUCUCAAGGAUUUGCUACGUCAGUUCAAGGUGGAUAAUUUCGAGGAUGCAACUCGUGGGAGAAUGGAGUUCAAUGAGUGCCUCCAUAUACUGUCCGUUAAACACUUUUGGCACGGCAUCCAUCGCACUGUAUUGGCCCGCCUCAGCCACGCCCCCACUACGCCCACAUAUCUGUACAGAUUCGAUGUAGACUCACCCCACUUUAAUCACUUCAGGCAGGUGAUGUGCGGAAAACACGUUCGCGGAGUCAGCCAUGCCGACGAUAUUUCCUACCUUUUCUACCACAUUUUGGCCAACAAGGUGGAGAAGUCUUCGAUAGAGUACCAAACCAUACAGAGACUGGUCGGCAUGUGGGUGGCAUUCGCCCGGAACGACAAUCCCAACUGUCCACAGAUCGCCCCAACCACAUGGGAAGCGCUAGAUGAGCAAGGUCCGCAGAUGUGUCUCAAUAUUGGAAAACAACUGGAGUUCAUUGUGCUGCCGGAGUCAAAGCAAAAUAGGAUUUGGGAUAGACUAUACGAUAAGCGCGACCUUUUGUUCUGGGCCAACCGGAACGCCCAAUUGUUAUCCGGACUCUCCAUCCACUCGCUGAGAGCACAUCCCGACUGCAUGAUGGCCUUGUGGAAGAGACCACGUGUUUGCUCCGUGGUCAUCAUCACGUGGACAGAAGCAGAUCCCGCACUUUCUCCCAUCAAAACACAGUGCCACAAAAAGCUAGCAAAGCAAACUGAAAAUCAGCUGUCUCGAAAUUCUUUGUUUUUAUUUCAUUUUUUGCGCGAUAAAAGGGCUUUAAAUGCUUUUCCACUGCAAGAUAAAAAGUUACGAGCGCGAAGCCAGCAUUUAGCAGUCGAACAUGAAGAGGUGAACACGACCAGCGGACCGGUGCGCGGAAAACUGUGCUCAGGUCUCUACGGCGAUGAGUACGUCAGCUUCGAGCGGAUUCCGUACGCGCAGCCGCCGGUAGGCCGGCUACGGUUCAUGGCCCCCCUGCCCGUGGAACCCUGGAGCCAGCCUCUGGAUUGCACCCAGUCCGGCCAGAAGCCGCUCCAAUUCAACCACUACUCCAAGCAGCUGGAGGGCGUCGAGGACUGCCUGUAUCUGAAUGUCUACGCGAAGGAGCUCGACUCUCCAACUCCACUACCGCUGAUUGUGUUCUUUUUUGGAGGUGGUUUCGAAAAGGGCGAUCCCACCAAGGAGCUGCAUAGUCCUGACUACUUCAUGAUGCGCGAUGUGGUCGUAGUCACAGUUAGCUAUCGCGUGGGUCCACUGGGAUUUCUGAGCCUGAACGAUCCUGCCGUUGGAGUGCCCGGAAAUGCAGGUCUGAAGGAUCAGCUGCUGGCAAUGCAAUGGAUCAAAGAAAACGCAGAAAGAUUUAAUGGCGACCCCAAAAACGUGACCGCUUUUGGUGAGAGCGCCGGAGCAGCUUCAGUGCAUUACCUAAUGCUGAAUCCCAGGGCUGAGGGUCUGUUCCAGAAGGCCAUUUUGCAAUCGGGCAAUGUGCUUUGCUCCUGGGCCCUCUGUUCUAUCAAAAAUCUGCCCCAUCGGUUAGCGGUCAACCUGGGAAUGGAAAGUGCCGAGCAUGUAACCGACGCCAUGGUUUUGGACUUCCUGCAGAAAUUACCGGGAGAGAAACUCGUUCGACCAUACCUACUCAGCGCAGAGGAGCACCUGGACGACUGCGUCUUUCAGUUUGGACCAGUGGUGGAGCCAUAUAAAACGGAGCACUGCGCGCUGCCUAGACAUCCGCAGGAACUGCUGGACAAGGCCUGGGGAAACAGGAUUCCGGUGCUGAUGAGCGGCACUUCUUUCGAGGGUUUGCUGAUGUACGCCCGAGUCCAAAUGGCUCCGUACUUGCUCACCAGCCUGAAAAAGGAACCAGAGCACAUGCUCCCACUGGAUGUGAAGCGGAAUCUACCCCAGGCGCUGGCUCGACAUCUGGGCCAGCGACUUCAGGAGACUCAUUUCGGCGGCAGCGACCCUUCUUCCAUGUCGCCAGACUCCUUAAAAGCGUACUGCGAGUACGCCAGCUAUAAAGUGUUUUGGCAUCCCAUUCUAAAAACGCUGAGAUCCCGUGUAAAGAGUGCUUCCAGUGCAUCCACAUACCUUUACCGGUUCGACUUUGACUCCCCGACGUUCAAUCACCAGCGAUUGAAGUACUGCGGGGAUAAGUUGCGGGGCGUGGCCCACGUGGAUGAUCACUCGUACCUGUGGUAUGGAGACUUCUCCUGGAAGCUGGACAAGCACACACCCGAGUUCCUCACAAUCGAAAGGAUGAUUGAUAUGUUGACAAGCUUCGCGAGGACAUCGAAUCCUAACUGCAAGCUCAUCCAGGAUCAGCUUUCUCGAGCCAAAGAAUGGAAGCCACUAAACAGCCAAUCCGCUUUGGAGUGCCUCAACAUCUCUGAGAACAUUAAGUUAAUGGAGCUGCCGGAGCUGCAGAAGCUGAGGGUCUGGGAAAGUGUCUGCCAAUCAACGGACUAGUCAAGUGUAUUAAAUGUCCUCCUUAACAAAAUUUGUAUCUUAAAUCAAACAAUUGACUUAACAAUUAAUAACGACGCCGAGUAUCUAAAAUAAAAAUUUUAGUUGGAAGUAUAUUGUAUAAAGAA